AUGAGUGCUUAAGUGUUGUUUCGUGUGAAAUGCUCCACUGAAUUUAGUUAAAUGGUGAGGAUCGUUGGAAACUCUUCAUAAUUGGGAAAUUGGAAUCCAUAACAAGGAUUUAAAUUAAUGACCAAUAAUGAAAUGUAUCCUAUUUGGUAUAGUGAUUUCGCUUUGGAUGUUGAACUAGGUAGAAAUAUUGCUCUAUUUCUAGAUUAACUCGUCGAAUUCAAACUAAUUAUCACCGAUGGAUGUAAUUCGUUUUGGGAAUGUGGUGAAAAUCGUUUUCUCUAGAUAUAAGGAUAGAAAAUGGUGGUUAUUUUGACUUAUAACAUGCCGUCCAUCUUUAUCUACAGUAUAAAAAGGAUUAUUUCAGACAAUGAUCUGCCAACAAUCGCAUAAGGUAAUAUAAAUUAAAUAAAAUGUAGGCCGAAUAAGAAAGGUUUCAUUACAACUGUAGGAUAAGCUGUAUGAUUCAGACGAUGACUCGGUAAGUUAUUUUGUGAUUCUUUUAGGAUUCCGAUUAAGAAAGUGAUGCUAAUUCCAUAUUUUAAGAUGAAAUCACUUCAUGCAAUUCAAAUGAGAAUAUUUCAAAUUCUUCUCAUUUCGAGCCAAUCUUUUACAGUGAAUAUUGAUUUUGCUUACUC